CAGGAAUAUGACGUUUCACGUGACAGACUUUUUGUCAAUCCAAUCCAAGUUCAGUGUGUACAUGCGCCAACCGGAAGAAGGUGAAAAGUAGGCUAUGAUGAGCUUGUUUUCAUAUCUUUUGUGAAGACGACUUUAUUUUCUCCAACUUAGUAUUGACUGUUUCUAUUGGCAUUACCAACUCCUAAUACUACCACAUAGACUUGUCCAGACAAAACAAUGGCCUACAGGAGAGACAGAAACAUGAGGGAUGUCUACGAUGAACGCUUCCUACCAGACAGACCGGCCCCGUAUCCCAGAUCAGCUGGAGCAGGGCCUGUAGAGAGGAGGCCGGCUGGUUUCGGAAGGCCAGACGAGGAGUACAAUCGAGGGUUUGAGUAUGACGGGCCUCGCUUUUAUCCAAAUGGAGGCCCUCGAGGUUACCAUGGCGAGGAUCAAAGAGGCUACCAUGGCGACAGCCUUCAUUUUCCUAAUGAGCGCAGAGGUAUCCCACCUUCCCGGAGACCGGAGGAGCCGUACCCCUACCCUUCUAGACCACCUCCUAGAGAGGACCCCCAUACAACACGCCAGAUGGAGUUCAGAAGCAGUGGCCGUGCAGCGCCCCCUCCCCCCAGCGUCAGGGCUCAGGGGAUGUACCCUGCACCCCGCUCCCUGUCUGCUGUGGUUCCAGAGGGGGGUGAUGACACCCUGAUGCAGGCCAUCCUAAACCUGGACAGAGGAAGGAAAGGCCCCUUGCCUCCCCUGAGAGCAGACGUCCCUCCCUCCCCCCACAGCCGGUCCGGCUCCACCGUCAGUAGCAAGAGCUACUCUCCUGACAGAGCCAAGGGUCUCCCCCACCCCGCCCAGCAGAAAAACAAAGACAGGCCCCUGUCGGAUGGAGACUGUCUGGAAUACACACAGCUGCCUGAUGCACCUGAAUACACAGAGCUGCCUGAGAGCAUAGCGUCCACUAAGGAGGAGGCUCAUGUCCUAGAGUGGGACCGUGAGGAGGGCCUGCCCCCCAUCGAUGAGACCCCCAAGACCCAGGAUGACUUCCAGGAGCGCCGAGCGCAGGCCAUCGGAGCCAAGGCCCGGGAAAUAGAGCAGGUGUACCGGCAGGACUGUGAGACGUUUGGCAUGGUAGUGAAGAUGCUGGUUGCUAAGGACGCCAAUCUGGAGAAGCAGCUGCAGACUCCACUCCGGGAGAACCUGGGAGAGAUCAGGGAGCGUUGCCUUGACGACCUCAAGCACUUCAUCACCGAUCUGGAUCAGGUGAUUGAGGUCGUACGGCAACCGGAACCCUCUGUCUGAGACAGACAGCCAAUCGCGUCCCAUCUUACUGUAAGGGAGCCAAUCAGGUCCAGUCUUUUUUUGGGGCCUCCGGCAUACAGUGAGGGCAGGACUCCCAGGGGUCUGCCAUGUGUUAAGACUGUGGAUAUCUUGAGCAGUAUUGGCCCCAUGUUUUCCCAUCUUUCUGGGUUUCAGACCAGACGUGCACCAGGUCACCCAUAUGUACUGAUAAUGUCCAGCAGUAAUUAGUCCAUGUUGUCAAAAACAGUGUUCAAAGUCCUGUUCAGCUACUUCCUCACCACCCGAUGAGGGUAUUGGUUUUAACAAGUAGAACUGGUAUGUCAAUUUAGGCUAAUAGUUCAUCUGGGAUUUACUGAUUUUAAAACUGUUGUUAACCAGUGUAACCAUAGGGACUGGUCAUCAGUGUUUUUUACUGAACUGGUAAUCUAAUGAUGAUGUGUGAAGUGUUAUAGGUCAGUAUCUACUGGUACCACAAACAAUGCUCUGCUACUACAGUACCAGUCAAAGGUUUGGACACACCUACUCAUUCAAGGGUUUUUCUUUAUUUUUACAAUUUUCUACAUUGUAGAAUAAUAGUGAAGACAUCAACACUAUGAAAUAACACAUAUGGAAUCAUGUAGCAACCAAGAAAGUGUUAAACAAAUAAAAACGUUUUAUAUUUGAGUCUUCAAAGUAGCCACCCUUUGCCUUGAUGACAGCUUUGCACACUCUUGGUAUUCUCUCAACCAGCUUCACCUGGAAUGCUUUUCCAAAAGUCUUUAAGGAGUUCCCACAUAUGCUGAGCACUUGUUGGCUGCUUUUCCUUCACUCUGCGGUCGUACUCAUCCCAAACCACCUCAAUUGGGUAGAGGCUGGGUGAUUGUGGAGGCCAGGUCAUCUGAUGCAGCACUGCAUCACUCUCCUUGGUCAGAUAGUCUUUACACAGCCUGGUGGUGUGUUGGGUCAUUGUCCUGUUUAAAAACAAAUGAUAGUCACACUAAGCGCAAACCAGAUAGGAUGGCAUCCGUAGCAGAAUGCUGUGGUAGCCAUGCUGGUUAAGUGUGUCUUGAAUUCUAAAAUCACAGACAGUGUCACCAACAAAGCACCAUCACACCACCUCCUCCAUGCUUCACGGUGGGAACCACACAUGUGGAGAUCAUCCGUUCACCUACUCUGCGUCUCACAACGACACGGCGGUUGGAGCCAAAAAGCUCAAAUUUGGACUCAGACCAAAGCACAGAUUUCCACCAGUCUAAUGUCCAUUGCUCGUGUUUUUUGGCCCAAGCAAGUCUCUUCUUUAUUAUUGGAAUCCUUUAGUAGUGGUUUCUUUGCAGCAAUUCUACCAUAAAGGCCUGAUUUCACGCAGUCUCCUCUGAACAGUUAAUGUUGAUGUGUCUGAUACUUGAAGCAUUUAUUUGGUCUGCAAUUUCUGAGGCUGGUAACUAAUGAAUUUAUCCUCUGCAGCAGAGGUACCUCUGGAUCUUCCUUUCCUGUGGUGGUUCUCUUGAGAGCCAGUUUCAUCAUAGUGCUUGAUGGUUUUUGCGACUGCACUUGAAGAAACUUUAAAAGUUCUUAAUGUUUUCCGGAUUGACUGACCUUCAUGUCUUAAAGUCGUUUCUCUUUGCUUAUUUGAGCUCUUCUUGCCAUACUAUGGACUUGGUAUUUUACCAAAUAGGGCUAUCUUCUGUAUACCACCCCUACCUUGUCACAACACAGAUGAUUGGCUCAAACGCAUUAAGGAAAGAAAUUAUACAAAUUUACUUCUAACAAAGGCACAUCUGUUAAUUGAAAUGCAUUCCAGGUGACUACAUCGUGAAGCUGGUUGAGGGAAUGCCAAGAGAGUGCAAAGCUGUCAGAAUUGCAAAUAUACAAUAUAUUUUUUUGUAACACUUUUUUUGGUUACUACAUGAUUUCAUAUGUGUUAUUUAAUAGUUUUGAUGCCUUCGCUAUUAUUCUACAAUGUAGAAAAUGGCAAAAAUAAAGAAAAUCCCAGGAAUGAGUAGGUGUGUCCAAACUUUUGACUGGUAUUGUAUGAGUCCAGUUCUUGUUUUAUGAACUCUUCCUGCUAGGUACAUUUGAUUUGAGAUUGCUGCAGCUGAAGCAAGACUUUUGGUGCUACUGCCUGGGAGUAGGAUUGUGCUACUUGUGUAAAGUCUUGUAUGGUCUGAGAAUAUUCAUGUUCUUGCUUUUCUUUUGUAUGGAAAAUGUGUGAAUCUGACUGUGUUCUACUUCAGCCAGUGGGAUUCCAUGUUGUGUUUCCUGACAGAGUGUUGUAUUCACCAUCAGUGCUAAUCUGGCUGGGAGAAGAAACAAAACACUUUCUAAACGUCAGAUGCUCAACUCAACUUUCUAUAUGUGGAACUGACACGUCUUUGAUGAUUUGUGAUUUAAAACGAUUUUUGAGUGUAACAAUAAUAAAGAUGGUUUUUAUUAUGUAAA